AAAGAGCGCUUAACUUUUAAGUCCCGCCAAAAUGACUUUACCAUAUUUUUCUUCUUCGGUUGACCGGCGAACAACGACGGCGUUUCACAAUCACCCCCACCGAAAAUGAACCUUACCGGCGCUCUGAAGAAGUCCACCGGUCUCAUGUCAUGGAAAUCCACCGGGAAGCUUCAACAAACGAUAUCGAGACACGUGGAGGUGACAGGGAACGGAUUACACUCGGGGAAGGAAUCAACGGUCAGGAUAUGGCCGGAAAAAGCAGGAAUAGGAAGAUAUUUCGAUGUAUUGAAUUCCAAGUAUAAAAUUCCGGCGUUCAUUGACUUCGCUCAGGCUAAUUCGGUACUCUGCACUACACUGCAUCAUAAUAAUAUUAAUAAUAGUGAAGAAAAGAUUAAUAUUCGAACAGUCGAGCAUUUGCUUUCUGCUCUAGAAGCUACUGGUGUUGAUAAUUGCAGGAUUCAGAUUUUCAAUAAUCAUGCUGCCGAUUCUGAUUCUGAUUCCGAUUUCGAGGUUCCAAUUUUGGAUGGUUCAGCUAGAGGAUGGGUAGAGGCUAUAAAGAAUGCUAGUUUAACUGUGGCAGUGGAUUCAUGUGGUAAUAGCUGUGAAAAAUUGGCUCCAUUUUUGAAUCAAUCGGUUUGGUUACAAAAGAAUGAUUCGUUCUUGGUUGCAUUUCCUUCUGCUCAAGUUUGUAUUACUUAUGGGAUUGAUUUUCCACAGGUUCCUGUCAUUGGCCACCAGUGGUUUUCGGUAGCACCUUUCGACGAUUCUUCUUACUCUAAAGAAAUAGCCGCUUCAAGAACUUUUUGCAUAUAUGAAGAGGUGGAGCGCAUGCGUGAAAUGGGACUCAUCAAAGGAGGAUCAGUAGACAAUGCCAUGGUUUGCAGUGCAAGUAAAGGUUGGUUAAAUCCACCACUGCGUUUCUCUGACGAACCUUGUCGCCAUAAGAUCUUGGAUCUUGUUGGUGAUUUUUCCUUGCUUGCACGGCUUGGUAAUCAAGGGCUUCCGGUAGCUCACAUAGUUGCUUACAAGGGUGGCCAUGCGCUGCAUGCUGAUUUUGUUCGCCGCUUAAACGAAACAUUCACAUGUCAGGAGCUAAACUUGCCAAGCACAGAUCAAAAGAAGUGUGGGCAUGACUUGUAGAGAUUCGGCAACGUUACACUCAGCUUGCUAUGCAAGUAUAAUUUUGAUAAUUUUUUGAUUUUUAUUGUUUAGCCUUUUCAAUUAUCUCAGUUUGGACCGAAAUUGAAUUAAGUUGACCUCCAAAAAUAAAUUGAAGUCAUUGAACCAGAAGAUUUGGUUCGGUUAUUAGAACCCUGCUAUAUGGAUGUGAAAUUAAAACAGUCACAGUACUGAUAGAUGCAUAUGCAAAAUCAAGGUUGUUUCGGAUUUCCUUCAACAAAAAUAAACAAAGCUAAUGAACAUGAUUUGACAAGCAAA